AUGGUCUUUUCUUCGGUUCCCCUCUACCAUGAUCCACCCAAUUGGAACCAGAACCACAACCAGCAGCAGCAGCAGCAGCAGCUCCAGCAGCAGCAGCAGCAGCAGCAGCAGCAACUGAGCCACCAUGGCCAGAUGUUUGCAAGCGGGGGCGGCGGGGGCGGAGUGGACAUGCACCACCACCACCACCAGCAACAGCAACAGCAGCAGUAUCAGCAGCAGCAGCAGCACCAGCACCAGCACCAGCUGCGGCCGCCCGUGCCGCCGCCUGGGGCGUUGAUGGCUCCGAGGCCGGACGGCAUGGGUAGUGCGGUUGCUCUGAGCGGCGCAGGUGGUGGUGGUGGUGGUGCCGGCGGAGGUCCAACGGGCGGCGCGGUGGUGCGGCCAGGGUCGAUGACGGACCGGGCGCGGAUGGCCAAGAUCCCGCAGCCGGAGCCGGGGCUCAAGUGCCCGCGCUGCGAGUCCACCAACACCAAGUUCUGCUACUUCAACAACUACUCCCUCACGCAGCCCCGUCACUUCUGCAAGACCUGCCGACGCUACUGGACCCGCGGCGGCACGCUCCGCAACGUCCCCGUCGGGGGCGGCUGCCGCCGCAACAAGCGCACCAAGUCCUCCAAGUCCUCGUCCUCCGCCGCGUCCGCUUCCGGUGGCGGGACGUCGUCGUCCACAACAUCGUCCACGACCACGGCUGGGGGUGCCAACGGCAACGGCAACGGCAACGGCAACCGCAACGGCAGCAGCGCGGCCGCGGCGGCCGGGGCCAUGAUGUCUUCUCAGGGCCAGGGGCACGCGCAGAUGCCAUUCUUUGGCUCGCUGCACCCGUUGGGCGCCGGCAGCGGGGAUCACUACGGCACCGGCGCGUCGAGGCUAGGGUUUCCGGGGCUGAUCAACUCGCUGGAUCCGGUGGACUACCAGCUCGGUGGAGGCGGUGCCGCGGCCGCCGCCAUGGGGCUGUCCGAACAGUGGCGGCUGCCGCAGAUGCAGCAGUUCCCCUUCUUGGGCCGCGCCGACGGCAUGCAUCAACAGCAGCAGCAAAUGGCUGGCCUAUACCCGUUCGACGCCACUGACGCGUCCGGCUUCGCCGGAGAGAUGAUGGGCGGCGUCGGCGGAUCCAAGCAGCUGGUGCCCGGAUCGGCAGGGCUGAUCACGCAGCUCGCGUCGGUGAAGAUGGAGGACAACCCGCCGUCCAACAACGCUAUGGCGGGCGCCGCCUCAGCCAGGGAGUUCCUCGGCCUCCCCGGCAACAUCCAAUUCUGGGGCGGCGGCAACAAUGGCGCAGGCGGCAACGACAAUGGAGGAAGUCACAGCAGCGGCACCGUGGCUCCAGGCGGUGCCGGCGGAGGAGGCGGCUGGGUGGAUCAGCUCCCCGGGUUCAACUCGUCAUCAUCGGGCAACAUCCUGUGA